GAGGGUGAAAAAACGGACUUCAAAUUCUCACAAAGUCAAAUACGGUAGAAUCCGUGCUUUGAAGUCCGAUUCUCUUUUUCUUUUUCCUUUCACGAGUUUCUCGAUUCAAAUACCAGAGAAGUGCUGUUCUUUUUUGUCCUUUAAAGUUGGCAACGCGUAAAACCUUGCCGUACAUGUGCUUGUAAGGGAGAUGGCAAUAGAAAUUGAGCAAAAGUCACCGUCCGAUGGCAAAGUUUGGGGAUUUUUUAAGCUGCCGUUUCGGCAAACCGGAAACAAUACCAGUACCACGUCGUCAUCUACCUCGGCGUUGAAUCUACAAGGUCAAAGUCAACCUCAUGUCGAAGGAUCGAACCAUCACGGCUCUGCCAAUUCUGUUUCCUCCGUUGCGAAGUCGCUCUUGCCUACUCGGCGUCGGCUCAAGCUUGAUCCAGCUAAUAAGCUCUAUUUUCAAUAUGAACCUGGGAAACAGGUGAGGAGUGCAGUGAGGAUUAAAAACACGAGCAAGUCAUAUGUAGCGUUCAAGUUUCAAACAACAGCACCAAAGAGUUGUUUCAUGCGCCCUCCUGGUGCUAUUCUUGCUCCGGGCGAGAGCAUCAUAGCAACGGUCUUCAAGUUUGUGGAGCUUCCUGAGAACAAUGAAAAACCAAUGGAACAAAAGAGCAAGGUUAAGUUUAAAAUCAUGAGUCUCAAGGUGAAAGGUCUGAUGGACUAUGUUCCUGAACUGUUUGAUGAGCAGAAGGAUCAAGUGGCAAUAGAGAAAAUAUUUCGGGUUGUUUUUCUAGAUCCUGCUCGUCCUUGUCCUGCUUUGGAAAAAUUGAAGCGCCAAUUAGCUGAUGCUGAUGCUGCACUUGAGGCUCGCAAAAAGCCUCCAGAGGAUACAGGUCCAAAGAUUAUUGGGGAAGGACUUGUCAUAGAUGAAUGGAAGGAACGUAGGGAAAGAUACCUUGCUCAACAGCAGGUUGAAGGAGUAGACUCAGCAUAAAAGUGGCAAUUCUUCAUUAGUUGCUUUGAUAUGUGAUGGAAAUUUGAUAUAAUCCUCUCUUGCGUAUACCCCUUAAAUCUUUUCAUGUAACGUGAAGGGUGUUGUAGUGGAAGAAUGAUCAUCUUUUGUUAUUGUAUAAAAGUGAGCUGAAUUUUCUGUGA